AUGGGCGCCCGGCCGCCCCGGCCCUUCUACGGCGCACCUGUCUAUCCGUCGCCGCCGCCGGCCGCCGCCAAGUUCGCCGCCCCACCCGGCCACGGCGACUACGGAGGAGACUACAGCGCCGGGUACGGCGACUACGGCGCCGCGUACAGCGACUACGGUGGCGGCUACGGCGACUACGACGGCUACGGCUGGUACGGCGGCGGGUACGCCGUGUCGGGAGCUGGCAACGCUGCGGCGGACGGCGCCGACUGGGAGGGCGCAGACCCCGCGCGCGCCGCCUCCAGGAGCCUCCCGCGCCGGGGAGGGCGCGGUUUCAGCAAGGCAAUGCCGUACAAGUCAAAUAACCGCUUCAACCCCAUGGGUUCCGGUCUAUGAGCUUACGUCGGUGCACACGGCGAUGGUCAUCCCGUGCAUGCGUUGUGCCGACUCUUCACUGAGGCAUCGAAGAGAGCUUUGUCCACGAGAGAAGUGUAGUUGUUUUCGUCAUUGUCGGUCAUUUUCGUGUGGUUGAAAGGCGUGGGAGCGCGGAUUGCGGACCCGUCGGUGGCCCGGCCACGGGACGCAUAUGCGCAGUGCAUUGCCUCGUUUGUGAUACAUGAUAUUCAUCGUUCGGCCA